CAGCAGAGCUAUCCUCCCUCUGAGCUACAGGGCAGAGAAAUGAUCAUUCAGCAAAGUCCUUUGGCUGCUUUUGUAGUAAUCCCUUCUGUGCUUCAGUUACAGCAACGUAUUUGCAGGGGAGAAUCCAGGAGACUACACCCAGAGUCCCAGAGACCUUGAAGAAGAUAAGAGCAACUGCAGAAGACGAUAAAUGAUGCCGUUGCUCUAUAAUCUCAUGGGGACAAAGGAAAGUUGACUCACUGCUCAGAAGGAAACUUUAGAUGAGGUCUCUUGCCUGCCACUGUUGUGCCCUGACACCCUGGGUAAUUUUAUCACAAAUCCAAGGGUCAGCCAAGCCACGUGUGUCAAAAGAAGACAGACAUGGUCCUGGAGCAAGACGAACAUAACCCAAAUGCUACCGUCAAUCUCAACUUUGCUGCAAUCUACAAUCUCCAUGAUGGAGAUUUAACCUCCAUGCGAAAUUUGUCCUUCCCUUUCAAUUUCAGUUACAGUGAUUAUGACCUGCCACUGGACAGCGAAGAUGACAUGACCAAAACGCGCACCUUCUUUGCAGCCAAGAUUGUGAUCGGGGUGGCUCUUGUUGGCAUCAUGUUGGUCUGUGGCAUCGGCAACUUCAUCUUCAUCGCUGCCCUUGCCCGCUACAAGAAGCUGCGAAACCUCACCAACCUGCUGAUUGCCAACCUGGCAAUCUCAGACUUCAUUGUUGCCAUCGUGUGCUGCCCCUUUGAGAUGGACUACUAUGUGGUACGGCAGCUGUCGUGGGAGCAUGGCCAUGUCCUCUGUGCCUCGGUCAACUACCUACGGACUGUCUCUCUCUAUGUUUCUACCAACGCUCUGCUGGCUAUCGCUGUUGACAGGUACCUGGCCAUUGUUCACCCACUGAAACCACGCAUGAAUUACCAAACAGCAACCAUACUGAUCGCCUUGGUCUGGAUUGUCUCCAUACUCGUAGCUAUCCCAUCCGCAUACUUUGCUACUGAAACUGUAUUAUUUAUAGUAAAAAAUCAGGAGAAAAUUUUCUGUGGUCAAAUUUGGCCAGUUGACCAACAGAUGUACUACAAAUCCUACUUCCUAUUCAUCUUUGGCAUUGAAUUUGUUGCACCUGUGAUUACCAUGACCUUAUGUUAUGCCAGAAUCUCUCGAGAGCUUUGGUUUAAAACCGUACCAGGAUUUCAGACAGAACAAAUCAGGAAGAGGCUUCGAUGCAGAAGAAAAACUGUAAUGGUACUGAUGUGCAUCUUGACCGCCUAUGUUCUCUGCUGGGCACCCUUCUAUGGCUUCACCAUUGUCCGUGACUUUUUCCCCACAAUCUUUGUAAAAGAGAAGCAUUAUCUUACCGCUUUUUACAUAGUUGAAUGCAUUGCUAUGAGUAACAGCAUGAUAAACACAAUGUGUUUUGUAACUGUAAAAAAUAACACCAUGAAGUACUUCAAGAAGAUCAUGUUGCUCAGAUGGAGAUCAACAUACCACGGAAGUAAAUCUAGUACAGACUUAGAUCUCAGAACAAGUGCAAUGCCAGUCACAGAGGAGGUAGACUGCAUAAAACUGAAGUAAGUUUUAGGUGGUUCUAAUCUCAUAUUUGGGGGGGGG